CCCUUGACCACUGGUCCAGCGGUAAGCGAUCAGUAUUCGUCCGUCUUUCCGUAAAUACCACCGCGUUCACUUCCGAUUUAAAUUAGCAUUUAUUCCGAUUAUUGAGACAUGACAGACAUUAUCCAGUUGUUAACCUUUAUCAGCCACAAGCAUGUGAUUUAUUCAUUCAAGCGAGUUUUUAAGUGAAGUUUUGAGGAUGAAAUCGAAACAAGAAGAUAUACCGAUGCAGCUGGAGUUGCAAGAACUUCUUCAAAAGUCCAACCAUGCAGUGAUUAGCUCAAAAAGAUCGAAGAUAAAGCCAAGCCGAGGAUCAAAAGAGAAGGCAAGAAUACCAGAAGAUGAUGAGAGUGGUUCUGAAGAUGUCGUUUCAAAAAUAAUUGGUGAAUACGGAAGGUGGCAGCUCCUCAUGACAGCCCUACUAUCGCUGUUCUCCUUCCCUUGCACGUUCCACAUCUACUUACCAACAUUCACGGCAUAUGCUACAAAAUUUUGGUGUCAACGGCCAGAAAAUCUAUCUGAUCUGCCAAUAGAGUCUUGGAUUAAAUACAGUCAGCCAGUCAACGCCUGCUACGUCAGGGUCCUCACGCCAACUGAUACAGCGGAAAAUAUAAUGAAUGAGACAGCAUCUUACUUGGAUGCGUUUGAAAAAUGUCAAGUUUGGGAUUUCGACAGAUCAGACGUUGGAAAUACCAUCAUUUCUGAAUGGGGCUUAGUCUGCGAUAGAGCUAGUCUUACAAAUUUAGCUGAAGUUGUGUUUUUAAUUGGAGUUGGUAUUGGAGGUGUUGUAGGAGGAUGGAUAUCAGAUAAGUACGGCAGAAAACGCAUUCUCAUGGCAAUGGCGAUCACACAAAGUAUCCUUGCGAUAAUUUCUCUUCUAGUACAAACAUACGUACAAUAUGUUGUUCUUAGGCUGAUAAUGGGCCUGGUGUCAGUCUCUGUUGUCUAUGCAGCAUUUGUGUUAUCUGUGGAACUGGUCGGAGGGAAAUGGGUCACAAUAGCUGGAGUUUGCAACUUUUUUCCUUUACCAUUGGCCUACAUAAUUGUAUCUCUUCUCUCUAUUGCCUUACCCAACUGGAGGGAACUGCAACUGGCGUUGUCGAUACCUGGAUGUCUUCUUGUAUUUUUAUGGUUUGUUCUACCGGAAUCCCCAAGAUGGCUCCUCAGUAUGGGCAGAAUAAAAGAAGCCAAAGAAAUAUUAGAAAGAGUAGCCAAGUUUAACAAAAGAGAAGUUCCAGCCGAUAUUGACAAACUUUUGCAUGUUUACGUAACGGAUGUGAAAACAGAAGAUCCUAGUGUUUGCAUGUUGCUGCGAGGUUACCUGUUGAAACGAACCACUUGCUUGGCGAUCACUUGGUUUGCAAUGACAUUGGGGUAUUAUGGACUCCUACUGAACAUUGGGAACUUCAACCUUGGAAACAUACAUCUAACGUCCAUUAUAUUAGCCGCAGUUGAAAUCCCAGCAAUUGCAAUCAGCAUACCAAUACUCUUGAAAGCUGGUCGACGUUUGCCAAUAUUUACGACUAUGACUAUUUGUGGCUUAGCUUGUGUUGGUAGUGAAUUACUGACAAUGUUUUUCGAAAACGAAUGGGUAAUCAUAUCAUGCCUGAUGGUUGGGAAGUUUGCUAUUGCAGCGACUAAUAUGAUGUUGCCAAUCUUUACAGCAGAACUUUAUCCUACUGUUGUCCGAAACCUUGGAGUUGGGGCUAGUCAAAUCUCAGCUGGAUUGAGCCUUAUAUGUAUACCAUAUCUUUGGGAAUUGACAACGUUCAACGACCACCUGCCUAUGAUUACUAUAGCAUUGAUGACUGUCGCGGGAGGAGCCGUUGUACUUUCACUGCCGGACACCGCCGAACACAAGAAACAAAGAACAGCCGGCGUAAACGAUGUCCCACAGCCGAAUGAAAAUCACUCGCCAUCAGACGACAAAGAAAACUAGUUUAUAUUUUUAAUUUAUUUAUUUUAGGAACUAAUACCAUAGCACUGCUAUAUGUGAUAAAAACAAAAUGUUGUUGUAUGUAUGUAAAUAUUAGAUUAAUAUUUGUAUCCAUUAGGUAUACACUAUUUUUAGGUUAUGUUAUAUUAAAAUUGUCACUGACGUUUAAUAAUGAAAAUAAGACGUGAUAUUAUGGUUAAAGUUGGAUUAGCUACAAGAAAUAGGCACGUGAGACAUUCCCUUUAAGGCGAAGAGUAAGCAGAAAACACGCAAACAUGGUGUUUUUAGACAAGUUUUGCGGUGAAAGUAUAGCAUUUCGAGCUAUGAACACUACUUAAUCCUGUUACACAUAUCCUUAAGUCUUAUUUGUUGGUUGCUAAUGCUUGCUGUUGGUUUUAGUUAACACUGCCGAGCCUUUUUGAACUACCACAUUUCUUUGAAGUUAAACAAGUUUUAUGGCAUGGCGUGACGCAUUUUUUUGGUAUUUCUCUCAGAAAAGUUAUUCUUAUAGCUUGUACUUUUUGUGUAAGUUCAUUUAUUCAGAUUAGUAGUGAAUAACGAGGAUUGAAAGCAUAUAAACUGUUUUCCACGCAAGAAUUUUGAAAAUAUUGGCUUUGUUACAUAGACGGCGGGCCGGCAGCCGUGAACUCAUAUCGCUCAAGGUCGCUGGCAUUUAGUGUCGCCUUAAGGUCGGGUCCCAGAAGGGUGAAAAUACAGCUGAAAUCGGGUACUGUCGCUUGCGUAGAGAAGUGGAUGUGGCGCGGCGUGUGAAUACUUUUUAGCUUUCGUGCUCUGUCGAUUGUUUUGUAUAUAGAUAGGGCCUAGGUCUGCGGGUGAGCCAUCGACCUUAUAGCUCAGCAGACUAUUCAUACAGGAUAUUAUUUUAUAUAAAUAAUAUUAUAUAUAUGUUGCUUAUUUAAUCAAAACAAAUCUUAUAACUAUAUUUACAAUACUACGACUACAUAAAAUUAAAACUAUCAUUACGUGGAAGCGUACCAAGAAUACUGGCAGCAUUACCGCGUUGGAUAGCAAGGCUGAUCCGUUGACCGAAAUAGCUGCCAGCGCUUGGGUUUGCAGUAGCCUUAUUGAGGCGCGAAGAUAGUAUUUUGAACAUUCUCCGCGCCUCUAGGCCCCACGGGCCAAGUGUCUCGACACCAAACGGCAGAAAGAUGUAUGAUUCACUGAGACCAACAUAUUAUAUUAUAUGAGUAUAUUUUAUGAAUUAUCCUAUGAGAAAGCGUUCGCCUCGCGUAUACGGGUUCUCGUAUAAGGUAUUAUCUAUCUACAGUAGUCAGAAGCGUCUAUUUACGAUAUGUUGUUAUUGUUAAUUAAAUGACCAAUGAGCGUCCAGGAGCCCAAUGUAGAUUAUUGGUUGACUGGAUUAUACCUUGUCUGCCUAUAAGUUCUGUUACAGUUGUAAUGUUAUCUGAAUAAAACUAAUAUGUAUUUAUUUAUUAAAUUCGACUUCUAUGCAAUGAAUCUGACUAGCUUUGAUUCUAUUUAUUAACGCACUGUACUCUUGAAUUCUUACGGUGCGUACAGAUUGAUGAAACGCCGUACAAAUUACUGCACUGUUACUACUGCACUGGUCUGAAGAUUAUUGGAAUUACUGGGCAAAUGAAACUUAAGAUCUUAUGUCUCAAGGAGACGAGCGCAAUUGUAGUGUCCCUAAAAAUAUUUGGCUUUUUCAAGCAUCCUGAGCGGCACUGCAUUGUAAUGUGCAGGGCGUAUCAAUACCGUAUAUCGUACUGCGCUACAAGGUCGAUGAUAAUGGCAUUGGUCUCUCAGAGUUCAGACCAUCUACCAGUUAAGUUGUUUUUAUGAAAUAAAUCCCGAAGACAAAGUGUGGAGUCUAGUUAUUGGAGUUGUUGUCCACUUGGGGUUCUUGUUGGUGACCCUUCAGGCAUGGAAUAAUGAGAGCAUGCUUUCGGUUAAAGAUGAAUUCUGGACUUUAAACAAUAAAGUAAUGAUAACAGAAAAAUGAUAUAUUGUAUAAUAUAGUAGAGUAGAUUAUAAGUGUAGGUUUAUCUUAGUUGAUAUAGGCAAAUAACGAAUUUAUCAUUGUUUACCGUAAGUCUAGGUAUUAUUAGGCAGUUUACUGUAAAUAAAUUAUAUACUCUUAUUAAA